AUGCAUAUUUGUUCUGUAUUUAUUUUAUGUCUGUUUAUGAUCACUCCAAUAAUUAGUAUAUAUCGUUCUCAUCCAAAUGAUCAAUAUGUCAAACUUGCCAAAAGUAUUGCCAACAGAUUCAAGGAUUCUCAAGAUAUUUCCGAUUUAUUAGACGAAGAUGUAACAUUGACAAUGUGUUAUAGAGAACCAUGGCUGAAAGAUGAAGUAGUCAGCAUAAACAACGGAAUAUUUCGACCAUUUAUUUUGAGACAAUACCAUAUUACGGAAGCACAUGGAACUGACAAAAAAAUCACAAUGUGGGGAGAUUUUCGAUUUCAAAGAGUUACAAGAAAAUACGAGUUGUAUAAAGCAUACUUCUUUCGAAUCAAUGCUUAUUUGAAUGAUGAUGAUGAAUGGAAAUUGUUAGAAAUUGAACAAGAACACUGUUACUAUGAAUAA